CCAACGCCAAAGGAGGCGAAUCCAUUCCAGACGUUACCUUUCCUCCCCUUUCCUCCCCUCCCAUCAUAAAUAAAUGCUACACUGCUCAUCCAUCCAUGUGCUCCUCCUCCUCUUCCUCUAGCUAGCCAGCCACAAGACCCAAGACCCAAUCCAAGCUCGCUCGCUGGUGCUGUGCAUCCGGAGCUUGAGCUGAGAAGCAGAGGAGAGGAUGGGCAUGCCGACUCUGCUUCUGCUUCUGGCGGCGCUGCUGCUCCUCCUCAUGUCCAUGUCCAUGUCCGGCUGCUCCGCGGCGGCGACGUACAAGGUUGGCGGGCUGGACGCGUGGGGGGCGCCGCCCUCCACAAAGCCGGACGUCUACAUCCGCUGGGCCAAGUCCGUCCCCGUCAAGCUCGGCGACGCCGUCUUCUUCCUCUACCCGCCCAGCCAGGACAGCGCCGUCCAGGUCACCGCCAAGGCCUUCGCCGCCUGCGACGUCUCCGACCCGCUGCUCAAGCUCCACGACGGCAACUCCCUCUUCAACCUCACCAAGCCGGGACGGGUCUACUUCACCAGCGACGCCCCCGGACGCUGCCGCAAGGGCCAGAAGCUCUCGCUCGACGUGCCCGCCGCCGACGGGAAGCUGCUCAAGCCGUCCGCCGACGACGAGGCGGCUCUCAAGGCGCUUGCGUCGCUGCCGCCUGCCGCUGCCCCCACGGAGGCGCUGCCAUCGCUCUCCCCCGACGACGACGACGACUCCGGCUCCGUGCCCCGGCGAGCCGGAUCCAUAGCUCUCGCUGCCGCCCUGUCUCUCGCCGCUGCUCUCAUGCUGUGAGAUGAGAUGUAAUCUUUCUUGUUCAUCAAAUCAAAUCAAUUCAUUUUUAUUUUUAUUUUUUGUUUUUGUCACAAGAAGAAGAAGAAGAAGAAAUUUAUUAAA